ACAGAACGAUCGAGCAUGGACCCCCCCUCGCAACUGAUUACCUCAGAGGUCAUAGUCACCCAUCCAGUAUCCCACGGAGAAAUACAACUCAAACGCCCCUAUGUCCGCAACUCCGCGCAGUUAUCGGUCUCCUCUUGGCGAGAUAGUUACAAUGAUGGUGGUUUGUUGUUCAUGGCUGUGUAGCGCAGCUCCGGUGCCGCGGGGGUUCUCUUUCCCUGUGGCACAAACAAAACCGCGCUGGUUUCCUGUUGGCCACUGCUAUCGACGUAGGAUUCCUUGAUUAUCCUCUGUCAUCACAAUGCCUCUGCUGGAUGGAUCGGGGAACGGUGACGCUGUCGUCAUGGACAGCGUCCCCAGUGUUCUCUCUCCCACAGUUGAUUCCCUGCCAGAUCCGGCUACUCGCCGAUCGGCUUCGAAUAGGCGCCAGAAGAUCGUGGUGGUCGGCUUGGGCAUGGUGGCUAUAUCCUUCAUUGAGAAGCUCGUCAAGCAGGACUCAGAGCGACGAAAGUAUGAUAUCGUUGUCAUUGGUGAAGAACCACACAUUGCCUACAAUCGAGUCGGCCUCUCGUCUUUUUUUGAGCAUCGCAAGAUCGAAGAUCUAUACCUGAACCCAAGAGAAUGGUACGGUUCCAUCAAAGACCGAUCCUUUGACUAUCACCUCAACACUCGGGUGACCGACAUCUUUCCCGACCGCAAGACGGUCAAAACCUCGACUGAUGAUGUUAUUCCUUACGAUAUCCUGAUUUUGGCUACGGGUUCUGAUGCCGUACUUCCCACGCGCACCCCGGGACACGAUGCCAAGGGCAUCUUUGUCUACCGGACGAUCUCGGAUCUGGAAAAGCUCAUAGAGUUUGCAUCAAAGCAUAAAGGUGAGACGGGCGUUACUGUAGGAGGUGGUCUGCUGGGCCUAGAAGCAGCCAAAGCGAUGACAGACCUGCAAGACUUUGGCAGUGUCAAACUCGUCGAUCGCAACAAGUGGGUGUUGGCGAGACAGCUGGAUGGAGAUGCUGGCACCCUUGUGACCCGCAAGAUUCGAGAGCUGGGCUUGGAUGUACUACACGAGAAGCGCGUUGCGCGCAUAAAUACGGAUGACGAUAACAACGUUACUGGAAUUGUUUACGAAGAUGGUGAAGAACUCAGCUGUUCAUGCAUCUGUUUUGCUAUCGGAGUCAGGCCACGAGAUGAGCUGGGCCAGUCGGCGGGAAUCCAGUGUGCUGGAAGAGGAGGUUUCGUCAUCGAUGAAAGCCUUCAAACCUCCAUCGAAGACAUUUAUGCGAUCGGAGAAUGUGCAAGUUGGGAGAACCAAACCUUUGGUAUCAUCGCUCCCGGCAUCGAGAUGGCCGACGUGCUCGCAUACAACCUCACCAACCCCGACAAGGAACCCAAAAGCUUCAAGCGACCCGAUCUCAGUACCAAGCUGAAACUGCUAGGUGUCGAUGUGGCUAGCUUUGGUGACUUCUUCGCCGACCGGGAUGGGCCCAAGUUCCUCCCCGGCCAACGGCCGUCAAUGCCCUCCGGAGGUGCAGAAGAUGAGCCAGCUGUAAAGGCGCUUACAUACAAGGAUCCUUUUGGCGGUGUCUACAAGAAAUAUCUCUUUACCAUGGACGGCAAAUACCUCCUGGGUGGUAUGAUGAUCGGGGAUACGAAGGACUACCUUAAGUUGAACCAGAUGGUCAAGUCUCAAAAAGAGCUGGACGUACCUCCCAGCCAGUUCAUUCUGGGGGCUCAGAGCGGUGGGGAGGAAAAUGCCGACGAUCUGGAUGACAGCACUCAAAUUUGUGCCUGCCAUAAUGUUACCAAAGGCGACUUGGUUUCGAACAUAAAGAAUGGCACCUGCAAAACCGUUGCGGAGGUCAAAUCGUGCACUAAAGCGGGGACCGGCUGUGGCGGCUGUAUGCCGCUAGUGCAGUCCAUCUUCAACAAGGCCAUGCUGGACAUGGGACAAGAAGUCUCGAACAACCUAUGUGCUCAUAUUCCACACUCGCGGGCCGACCUCUACAACAUCAUCGCCAUCAAGCAACUGAAGACCUUCGAGGAUGUCAUGAGGACGGUCGGCAAGAACCCGGAUUCGCUUGGCUGCGAGCUGUGUAAGCCUGCAAUUGCCUCGAUUCUCUCCAGUCUUUUCAACAGGCACAUCAUGGAUAAGGAUUUACACGAAUUACAAGAAACAAACGAUCGGUUCCUUGCCAACAUCCAGCGGAACGGGACCUUCUCGGUUGUGCCUCGAGUACCCGGAGGGGAAAUCACGGCGGACAAAUUGAUCACGAUCGGGCAGGUCGCCAAGAAAUACGACCUUUACUGCAAGAUUACUGGAGGUCAGCGUAUCGAUUUGUUCGGAGCCAAGAAGCAGGAUCUGCUCGACAUCUGGACGGAAUUGGUGGAUGCAGGUAUGGAGAGCGGACAUGCGUAUGCCAAGUCGCUUCGGACUAUCAAGAGCUGCGUGGGGACCACAUGGUGCCGGUUCGGUAUUGGCGACAGUGUUGGUAUGGCCAUCCGGCUAGAAGAGCGCUACAAGAGUAUCCGCUCCCCGCACAAGCUAAAGGGCGCUGUCUCCGGCUGCGUGCGAGAAUGCGCCGAGGCACAGAACAAAGAUUUCGGUCUUAUUUCCACCGACAAGGGCUUCAACAUCUUCGUUGGAGGCAACGGAGGUGCCAAACCUCGGCAUUCCGAAAUCCUUGCCAAAGAUGUUCCUCCCGAGAAGGUCAUCCCAAUGAUAGAUCGGUAUCUUAUCUUCUACAUUCGCACAGCAGACAAGCUGCAGCGGACAGCUCGCUGGAUUGAAAACCUCCCGGGUGGUAUUGAAUAUCUGCGCGAGGUUGUCGUGGAAGACAAACUGGGUAUUGGGGCGGAGAUGGAACAGCAGAUGCAGGAACUGGUCGACAGUUAUUUCUGCGAGUGGACCGAAACAGUCCGGAACCCCAAGCGGCGCAAAUACUUCCAACAGUUUGCCAACACGGAUGACACUGUCGACACCGUGGAAGUGAUCAAGGAGCGCGACCAGCAGCGGCCGACCUAUUGGCCCAGCGAACCGGCCAAAGAGGACUUCAAGGGCCACCAGUGGUCCAGUCUCUCGUGGCAGCCUAUCAUCAAGGCUGACUACUUUUCGGAUGGCUCGCCACAGAUGUCAUCCGCCAAUGUGAAGCGUGGGGAUACGCAGUUGGCCAUCUUCAAGGUCAAGGGCAAGUACUACGCGACGCAACAGAUGUGCCCUCACAAGCGGGCGUUUGUCUUGUCAGACGGGCUGAUCGGCGACGACGACGCCGGCAAGUACUGGGUGUCAUGUCCCUACCACAAGCGCAACUUUGAGCUGAACGGAGAGCAAGCGGGUCGAUGCUCGAACGACGAGAGCAUGAACAUCGCGACGUUCCCGAUUGAGGAACGGGAUGACGGGUGGAUCUAUCUGAAACUGCCGCCUGUCGAGGAGCUGGACUCGAUUCUGGGGACGGAGAAGUGGAAGGUGCGGAAGGGCGAGGCGCCCGAUCCUUUCAAGAAGCAUGACAUGAAGUAUAAGGGGAUGCGAGGGAAGAAGGUGGGCGAGAAGGCAUCCGGGUGCGGUACGGCUGCAUCGUCCACGGUGAUUGACUGGUAGUCAGUUCGUCUGUGGCGAGGAUGAUGGUGAUGACGAUGAUGAUGUUACGAUUUGAACUAGAGCUUCUUUGACUGGAUAAGGAUGUCCGUCUACAGCACACCAUGUAAUUUAUUCUAUGUAUCUUCCAAUACCAGUUCC